GAGGGGCGGGGAAGGAGGUGGAGCGAGCCGGGGCUGGGGGAGCGGCUGCACAGUCUCUGGGAUCCCCAGGCCUGGAGGGGGGUCUGCGCGAGGCCGGCUGGUUCUGCCCCCAGCGUCCGGUCCCGAGCGGGCCUUUCCCGGGCCAGCCCUAUGUGACCAGGUCCAGCGGAGCCUAAGCAAGGAGCGGGUCCGUCGCGGAGCCGGAGGGCAGGAGGAACAUGACAUCGCGGAGAUGGUUUCACCCAAACAUCACUGGCGUGGAGGCAGAAAACCUACUGUUGACCAGAGGAGUCGAUGGCAGUUUUUUGGCAAGGCCCAGUAAAAGUAAUCCUGGAGACUUCACACUUUCAGUUAGAAGAAAUGGAGCUGUCACCCACAUCAAGAUUCAGAACACAGGUGACUACUACGACCUGUAUGGAGGGGAGAAGUUUGCCACUCUGGCUGAGCUGGUCCAGUAUUACAUGGAACAUCAUGGUCAACUGAAAGAGAAGAAUGGAGAUGUUAUUGAGCUCAAAUAUCCUCUGAACUGUGCAGAUCCUACCUCUGAAAGGUGGUUUCAUGGUCAUCUCUCUGGGAAAGAAGCAGAGAAAUUACUAACUGAGAAGGGAAAACAUGGUAGCUUUCUUGUCCGAGAGAGCCAGAGCCACCCUGGAGAUUUUGUUCUCUCUGUCCGCACUGGUGACGACAAGGGGGAAAGCAGUGACGGCAAGUCUAAAGUGACCCACGUCAUGAUCCGCUGCCAGGAACUGAAAUACGACGUUGGUGGUGGAGAACGGUUUGAUUCCUUGACUGAUCUGGUGGAGCAUUACAAGAAGAACCCUAUGGUAGAGACGCUGGGCACAGUACUCCAGCUCAAGCAGCCCCUCAACACAACUCGUAUCAAUGCUGCUGAAAUUGAAAGUCGGGUUCGAGAAUUGAGCAAAUUAGCUGAGACCACAGAUAAAGUCAAGCAAGGCUUCUGGGAAGAAUUUGAGACACUACAACAACAGGAGUGCAAACUGCUGUAUAGCCGAAAAGAGGGCCAGAGGCAAGAAAAUAAAAACAAAAACAGAUACAAAAAUAUCCUGCCCUUUGAUCACACCAGGGUCGUCCUCCACGAUGGUGACCCUAACGAGCCUGUGUCUGACUACAUCAACGCCAACAUCAUAAUGCCUGAAUUUGAAACCAAGUGCAACAAUUCAAAGCCCAAAAAGAGCUACAUUGCCACACAAGGAUGCCUGCAAAAUACAGUAAACGACUUUUGGCGAAUGGUGUUCCAGGAGAACUCUCGAGUAAUUGUCAUGACGACGAAAGAAGUGGAGCGAGGAAAGAGCAAAUGUGUCAAGUACUGGCCGGAUGAGUAUGCUCUCAAAGAGUAUGGGGUCAUGCGUGUCAGGAAUGUCAAAGAGAGCGCUGCUCAUGACUACACACUAAGAGAACUUAAACUCUCGAAGGUUGGACAAGGGAAUACGGAGAGAACCGUCUGGCAAUACCACUUUCGGACCUGGCCGGACCACGGGGUGCCCAGCGACCCUGGGGGUGUGCUGGACUUCCUGGAGGAGGUCCACCACAAGCAGGAGAGCAUCAUGGAUGCGGGCCCAGUUGUGGUGCACUGCAGUGCUGGGAUUGGCCGGACAGGAACAUUUAUCGUGAUUGAUAUCCUCAUUGACAUCAUCAGAGAGAAAGGUGUUGACUGUGACAUUGAUGUGCCCAAGACCAUUCAAAUGGUGCGGUCUCAGAGGUCAGGGAUGGUGCAGACAGAAGCACAGUACCGGUUUAUCUACAUGGCUGUCCAGCAUUACAUCGAAACACUACAGCGCAGGAUUGAAGAAGAGCAGAAAAGCAAGAGGAAAGGGCAUGAAUAUACCAACAUUAAGUAUUCCCUAGCAGACCAGGCGGGUGGCGAUCCGAGUCCCCUCCCUCCGUGCACACCAACGCCAGCCUGUGCGGAAAUGAGAGAAGAUAGCGCCAGAGUCUACGAGAACGUGGGCUUGAUGCAGCAGCAGAAGAGCUUCAGAUGAGAGGAGCCGCCCAGACUCCAGCACCCUGGAAUGAGAUGUGGACUUUUACCCUAGAUGAGGAACAAAUGUGCAAGAAAGCUGACAUGAAGACUGAAUUUGGACUUGAAAGACUUACAUUGAGGCUGGCUACCUUUUGAUAAGCAAAAAUUGAAACCACUUACAGACCACUGUAUUCUAAUCCAGCAUUUCCUCAGAUCAGAAGAAAUCAUCUCUACAAUGUAGAAAAUGCUGCAUUUUAUAGGAUUUUGUUUUAGAUUGAAGAAACAGUUAAACUGUGUUCUAUGUUUUACAGAUUAUGGGGAUUCGAAUUCUGGUUAUGAGAAAUUUCUUUUUUCUUUUAGUAAGAUUUUUCUUUUUGUAGGGGAUGAUGGGGAUACUUGUAAGAAGAAAUGAUUUGGGAAUAUUAAGUAAUAGCAUCCUUGAGAAGUGAGAAUGAUUUCAUUUCCUAUUGCUUAUUGUCGUGAUCUGGUUGUUUUGUGUUCCCUAACAGAAUACCAGAGAGCAUAUCAUUUAUGAUGAACAGACUCAUUUCUUACAGUUGUAGAUUCUGAGAAGUCUGAAGUCAAGGGCGCCUCAUCACAUGAGAGUCCCUAGCUGCAUCGUCACUUGGCCAGGGGCGUCAUGGCGAGGAGAGAGCGAGGAGGGCUCACUCUGUAGUCCACCUGUGGUGACGUUGACCCUUGCAUGAAGCCGAGCCCCUGACAGGGCCCACUUCUCAGCACUGUAGCAUUGGGGGUUAGGUCUCGUGUGCACGUGCUUCAGGGGCACAUUUAACCACAGUACUUAGUAGUUGAUAGUUCACUUUAGUGGCUUCUUUUGGGGGGCGGGGCACUAACUGGUUAGGCCAGUGUCUGAGACUGUCAGAAGUUGACUGCUUUUGUGUUGUCAUUAAAAAAUCAUGAGGAAAAAUCAUGGAAAUGAAUGAAGCACGAUAACUGAUGUGUUUUCUUAGCAGAUGACCAAGGAGAAGGUUGUGAUGGAGAAUGGACACUAUAUUCUUUCCAUUUGAGGGAUUGUCUUGUAUUUAGAAAAUGGACAUCUGUGGAUGACCAGGUCUUGGUUAUCCAGUGUUGCUGACCCCAUGCCAGGCUAGUGGCACUGUUCUGUCUUGGUGGCAUGUGUCACUCCUGUGGCUGGCAGGUUGGCUGAGACAGUGGAGGGCUGCAGUCUUCAGGGUCCCUCUUCUGCGUGGUCUAUGCAUGCCUGCCAGACUGGGGUGAAGACUUUUACAUGGCAGUUGUGGCCAGGCCCUCUUCAGACAUGAGCCAGACCUGCUACAGGGCCCUACUGUCCAUCGAUGACACAAGGCUCGUGAUGAAGGCAUGUGGUGGGGGUAAAGUCCUUGGAGGCCAGAGGUCUGACAGGCACACACAGCCAGUGAUGUGGAAACCGCUGCGAGCGUGAGCAGAGGCUGCUGGCUCCAUGGGAAGCUGAAGCUGCUUGCGGCACCUGGUCGAAGCUGCAAGUCAGAUGAAAAAUGGACAGAGUGCUUUCUAGAAGCUUCUGAGCCCACUCUGACAGGCCUGUACCUACUUUCUGAACUUUCACUUGGCAAAACCAGUUUGGAGAGAAUGGAUGUGUGAGGGGGACAGAGCAUUUCAAAGGAGAGUCACCCCGCCUUUGCAGUAGCUGCAGCUCUGGGCCAGCGUGAUGCUUCCUUCACAUCCCUGGUGGUUAGGCCUUUCCUGUGUGUGCUGUCAACACUGGGCGGAGCAGUUAGGGCUGGCUGCCUGCCAGACGAAAAGGCCUGGUUGUAUUUGAGCCAGUGGGAUUUGCUAAUGUUCUACCUUAAGUGCCUUCUCUGAAGACAUCCCUCUUUGACUCAUGCUUCAGUGAGAGAUUUCAAGGAAAAUGCCAUGGGGCUGGCUUUUGUAAUAAUAGCAGCUGUCCUUACUCAAAUUCUUCUUGCUUUGGCUCCUGACAGAAGGACUAGUGCCUGCCUUCCAUCCACUGGGGGGUGCUGUGGCUGCCAUUGUCUUGGACAAAAUGUGUGUUGACCCCCACCCUCCCAUCCCGCCUACGUGGAAGGGAAGCAGAAUUGCUUCAGAGGACAAGUGUGGCCUCAAGGUGCCACCUUAUUGGAAGAGGCAGUGACUCCUGUCUUCUUGUCAAGCUUACAGAGGAAGAGAUUCCAAUUCAGUAUUUCCAGCCAGGAUCCUGCAUCCUGUUCCUUAUGUUGCAUUGUCACUUCGAGUAAGUUUUGAUUUUGUGAAAAUGCUUUGACUCCGGGCUCCGGGGGCAAAGCCUUUCACCAGCAUACAGGGGUUUGAUUGCACAACAGAUCUGUUGCAUUCGUGUCUCUGCCUGGAGCCGGAGAUUGGUCGGUUUUGCACUUGGGAUGGAAAUAUUCAAUCCUGGCUGGCUUUGUUACAGCACAUUGAUGUCCCUUUGGUCUCUCAACAGUGUCAGCAAACCAUCCUGCUGUUCUCUAAAUGAUGCCAAGACCACAUUCACAGCGGUGUCCAGGUUGCUAGAUCUGUCUUAGGUUUGGUGAAGGUGGUGGCAGGUUUUUGGUUACAGUCGCUCUGUGUGUGGAAGAAACAGGCAGUGGGGCUGAGAGGAUGAGGGUAGCUGGAGGAUGUGGGGUUGAAAAAAGAACGGAGAUGAACGUUCCAGAGAGGGGUUCGUGAGGAUGUCAGAGGGCCCGGCGCCAGUGGUAGGUGAGUCAGGUUACCUGAGAAACAGGUGUGCUUAGUGCCAUGUGGACUCAACUCUGGGUUGAUGGUGAAUGUUAAAUAUGCACAAUAUCCCAUAGCUGGCUGGCUAUUUUAUAGUGAAAAACACAGGAUUUUUAUAUUUGGGGUGAAGAAAUUAUCCUGUCCAUGAUAUUGGGUUUUUUGUUUUUUUUUUAAAAAAACCUAAUUUCAAGAAUCUUACUAGAUUUUUUGUUUUUGCUUUUAAAAGGCCCCUCAUGUCCAACGUGUGGCUCUCAUUUGAAAUUCAUGACAUUUCCAGCAUGGCCAAAUGGGGUGUGUGACUGUAGGACUCUUCUUGUGUCCUUGCACUCUUUACAGAGCUUAGUUGCUUCAUAGCAGCCAACCAUGUAGUCAGGAUUAUUUUUAGGGGUUAAUUUAGUGGGGUUUUUAAGAGCUAAUACAACAUUCAGGGUUAGGGGAAUGUAGAAAGGAAUGCAGUUGCAAAGUGUUUUGCUGUAGGUGAGUCAUCCUCAAGGAAUAUAUACAGGCCACUACAGCCCUGUAUUCUGUGUGCUUUCAGGGGAAUAAAGUUUGACAUAGUAAGCACAUGACCCUCCCUACUUUGCAGGUGUGUUUCAAAGGAUGUGUUAGCCCUUAAUUUUGUUGCAGUCUUUUUUCUUCUUGAAAGAUAUGUUCCCAAACAUAGUUACUGUAUCUACCAUCACUAAAAAGUUAUUCCUUUGUUCACUAUGGGCAGUUCACACAAGGCAUAACUACCAAACAGUUGGUUUUAGUGUGUUGUAUAACUUUGCUGUAUAUCAAACUAAUUUUUACAAGUUUUCAUCCUAAAUCUCAAGUCAUGUAAUUAAUAAUUUGCUUGUUUAUUUAUGACCUAAUUGUGAUUCUUUCAUUAAUAAAAGCUAAUGGAAAAGGACCCUUUAUUAAGCUGAUGACUAGACCUACAUUUAAUUUUCCUGCAGUGUAUGAAGUAUUGUACCAGAGUAUUAAAGAUAUGUAAUAUUUUAUUGAUAAAUCUAUCCUUUAAAAGGAAUACAUUUUAGGAUGUCAUCAUUUUGAUGUGAAUCAUGUAAAUGUUGAUAAUAUGCUGUUUAUUAUACAUGUAGUGUUUCCAGAGAGUCACUUAAUUGCCUUUUGCCCACGUAUAUUAUGUAGUCCCUUUGCAAUUUUUUUUUUUUUAAAUUUU